AUGAAAGAAGAAGGGUUAAUGCCUAAUAAAGGAGGUACACCAUGCGUUUUACCGUCAUCACAUAUUGGAAGCCCAAGGCACAUGUACGAAAUUUACCAAGAUUCGAUGGAAAUCACACGUUUUAAUCAUCAUCCUGAUCUUUUUCUGACAAUGACUGCAAAUCCGAAAUGGCCGGAAAUUCAGGACGCACUUCUAGAGCACCAACAUGCCUGUGAUCGUCCUGAUAUAGUGGCAGGGGUGUUUGAAUUUAAAAGGAAAGCGCUUAUGGAAGAGAAUUCCAGAAACGGGGGCUACCACAUGCAUUUACUGAUAUUUUUAGAAAAAUCAGAGAAAAUCCGUACUGUUGAACAAGUUGAUAAAUAUGUAUUAGCGGAAUUUCCAGACGAGAAUGAAGAUUCAAUUCUCUUUGAUACUGUCAGAAAGUGCAUGGUUCACGGAUCAUGCGGAGAAAGGAAUCCAGAGGCUCCUUGCAUGAGAAAGGGAAAAUGCACUAAGAACUACCCUAAGAAAUACAAUGAUACUACGUGUUUAGAUAGUGGCGGAUACCCAGUCUACCUUCGGAGAGAUGAUGGAAGGGAAGUUAUCGUCCGCAAUGGACGAUAUGAUAAAACGACAGUUGUUGUUGGAGCAAAAGAUGAAGUACAAAUGUACAUUGAUGCAAGGUAUAUUGGACCGCCUGAAGAUUCAUUUGACAGUCUAAAAACAGUAAACGGUCAAUUGUGCCCUACAUUCAAGAAAGCAUGCAUAGAACUUGGAUUACUAAAACAUGAUGGAGAAUGGCUACCGCUUCUUGAAGAGGCCGCCGAUAUCCAAACAGGUAGUCAGCUACGGAAACUAUUCAAAAUUGUCUUAUCUGACUGCAACCCAACAGAACCAGAAAUUUUGUGA